AUGCCGGAACACGAGUUCACAUUAUCAAAAUCUGGUGUGUCCGAGGAAGAUGCAGAAUACCGUCAGACAUACAUUGGAAAAAAGCUGAGAAUUCCAAGAAUCAUGCCUUCAUAUCAGUUGGAGCAUGUAUUUCCAAUAAGUGCCGUGAGGAAAGAAAGGGAAACAGAGGGCUUGGAUCCACCAAGAUUGCUUCUCCCAAGAGAUAUGGUAUACAGUAUCCAGCCACCCCAUGCACCUGGUUCCAUAUUCUCAUUACCUUCAAUACGUGCAAGUACAUCAGAUUUUCAUACGCCCGUUUCACCUUCUUGCAUAGUCAAUACUAUGCCACCCCACACGCCAUCAGUUAGACCUGUAAGUACUUCUCCGAUUCCACAGGCUGUUCUUCCAGCCCGCAUUCGGGCACCAAGGAAAUUUAGCCGUAGGGUGACAAUAUCUGAGUUGAUAGAGCGGUUUGACGUGUCUACUGCUGACAAGUUCUUCAAUAUAUAUGGACAAACACUACUUCCUUUCAUUUCUCCCAAUGGACUCAGUUUGAAACAUUUUCGGGACAAUGAGGAAUAUGUUUAUAGGGCCAACAGAAAGCAGCAUGCAAAGACCCUACCUAUUCGCUAUUCGGGAAUGAGUGACGUAAACUAUUAUGAGCCAUUGGUACUCAGAUACAAAAAAAGCAGUAUGGGAAGAGGUAUGGAUGGGGGUGGCGAAGGACUUUGUCCUUACUGCCCGUUGCCAAUGGGUGAACAAGAUAGUGCUUUUUACGAUAGGAAGGACUCCAACUAUUUGCACCAUGUCACUAAACUACAUGGAGUCUACUCCAACGGUAUCGAGAUGCCAUUCCCAUACUUUGUGGGGAAAGCCAUCGAAACGAAAACUUUGAAGACUCGUGGUGAAGUGGCCAAUACCGUCAAUGCUGUGAAGUGCACCAAAUGCAAACAGAUGCUCAAAAUACAGCCGUUGGAUUCCAUCAUCACAUCUCCCGGAAACAAGUUCUUGGCUUAUUUCCGUCAUAUGUUGAUUCAUAAUCAGAAAAAGAAUUACGGUAAGACUAAAGGGUACCAGCCAGAAGCAUGA